CGAAAUUGACACUCCCACAGCCCGUGAAUCCCAGCAGACGUCCAACUCCCCAUCACCCGCAGGCCAUCCAAAGCCAUCCAUCCCGUGCAUCGUGCCAUCUAUCCAUCCAUCCUCUCCAGCACCUCCCCAAUAGCCAUAUCCACUGAGAAACUGACACGAUGAAGCUCGUCAGAUUUCUCAUGAAAUGUAACAACGAGACGGUUACGAUCGAGCUCAAAAAUGGCACCAUAGUACAUGGCACAAUCACCGGCGUGGACAUGCAAAUGAAUACGCAUCUGAAGACAGUCAAAAUGACUGUCCGGAACAAGGACCCUGUAAAUCUCGAGACACUCUCCAUCCGUGGUAACAACAUACGUUAUUUCAUUUUGCCCGACUCUUUGCCACUUGAUACCCUGUUGGUUGAUGACUCGCCAAAGAGCAAAGGGAAGAAGAAAGAUGGAAAAGCACCAAUGGGUCGGGGGCGAGGACGAGGAAGGGGGCGUGGUCGGGGCCGUGGACGAGGACGAGGAGGUUAAUUGGAAUGACUGCGAUGGGGCGGGAUUGCAAAAAUGCCGUGCAGUAUUACCCUGGCGGAACACUUGGCAUCUUUUGGAUUCGUUGUGGGGUUCAAGGCCUUUGGGCUCGCUCAAGUGUUGCGCUAUGGGACUUUUUGCUGAUGUGUGUGUAAAUUGUCUCUAUUUGAUGUGGAAUAUAUUGUAGAUAAUUGUUAUUGCAGGUUGGAAGUGUCGCCCUGAGACCAUUGGACUAGGAAGAGAGAUUCCAAUCUGAUAUUCGCGCAAGAUGCUAAUGGUAAACUAAACCGUGCGAAUUUCAAUACACAUCAAUACAAAUUCACCCUCUCCGCGC